AUGGGGAAGGACAGGGCCGAGGCGGGCCAGCAAGCAGCAGCAGGGGGGAGAGGCGGCCGCUGCGUUCCUCUGCCAGCCUCCGGGCACCCCGAGGCCGACACUCCCGCGCAGGACCAGUCCCCCCGCAGGGGCGGCAUACGCCUCGCCGCGGAACCUGCGCCGAGGCCGCACCCAGAGGCCGACGUCCCGAAUGCAGCCUCCAGGAGAGGACUGCACCGCGCUGCCCGGGCCCUGGAGCUGCCCGACGACCAGGCGCAGCUUGUCGAGCGGGGUCGCGGCCCAGAGCAGCCCCUCGCGAAAGCCAGGCGCCGCGCCGAGCCGCGCGAGGAGACGCGCGCUUCGCGCCCUCCCAUGACUCCUUGGCCUUCGGCGGGGCCGCCGCCCCCGCAGCGGCAGUCGCAGGCGCCAGGGCGGGCGUCUCCUCCGCAAGCGGGGCCGCCGCCAGCGCCAGCGCGCCCACCGCAGCGGCAUCCUGCCCUUUCGGCAGCAGGGGCGCAGCUCCAUCAGCCCCAGAGUCCUCGAGGCUCUGCUCGGAGGCUGUCAGGAAGGAUUCGCCGCCUCCAGCCACCAGCACCAGCGGGAGGGCAGCAGGAGCCGCCAGCCCAGCACCAGCAUCCACCCCAGCGGCAUCUCGCCGUCGAAGCGCGAAGCGCUGCCGGCGGCGUCGCCACCGCUCCCAUUUGGCCGCCGAAGCGGCAGCAGGCGGAGCAGCAGCAGCUGGUUCGAGAGGGGCGCCUGCAACCGGGCGGGCGGCGGCAGGCGGCGACGACGCCGCGCGCGCCGAAAGCACCGCCGCAGCCGUCGCGCGGGCCACCGCAGCCACCGCGAGCCUGGCGCCGUUCGCCACGAUCGCCGCGCGAACAGCCGCCUCCACCAGGUCGGCGCCGCCCAGCGCAGCAGGAGAACCUCUAGGCGCCGACGUCGCACGUUCCAGGACAAGUCGCGAGGCAGCCCGUGCGAUCGAUCGAGCCAAAAUGUCUCCCUAUUGAACCAAACGGAUUGAGCAAAAAUGGCU